CUGUAUCCUGGCAGUGGACCAAGGGCAAAACAGUCCACUCAUCCGGAAAGAAAGAGAAAAUAUGAAUGAAAAAAAGAAAAUAGAAGAAAAGAUGAGAAAGUGGGAUGAAAUAAAAAAAAUUCGUGCUCCAUAUGAUACAGUGUGAAGGCGCGCGAAUUAGACGGUAAAAUAUAAAAGGCAUGCGAAUUUAGUGAUAAACGAUGAAAAAUCUCAAACGCAGUCGCCUCACGUUUUCUCUCCGCCGCUGCCUCACGACGGCCUCGCCGCCGCUGCGCCCCUCACUGGCGUCACCUCGCGGCCCCCCUCGCCGGACGUCUCGCCCCCGCCGCUGCUCACGAUGCCUCUCGCCGAUGGCGCUCUGCAUCUCGCCCCUCACGUCGCAUCUCGCCGCCGCCGCUGCUCGCCCCCACCCCCGCCCCCGCCGCCGGUCUUGGGGCCUGCCUCGAGCUCCGCUUCCGCCCCGAGGAUCCCUACUGCCACCUAGUCUGGUGCUCCGCCUCUCCAAGCCCAAGGGCGACACUGCGCCGCCGCGUUCUGAGGUGGUUGCGCGCGUCCGGAACGCCUACCACUUCGAAGAUUUGAGUUGGACAUGCUUGUGGCAAUUAAGCUUGUUGAGGAGCAGAUGGAUAAGAUGCAGGACAACUCAAUCAAACCAGACAGCCCUAUAUGCAUAGAUGAGCACUUGACUCAUAUUAGUGAGCUAAACCUACCCAAGAGCACAUCAAUUUCUUUUCCCAACGGCAAGGAUGAUCUGAUGAAUUUUGAGAUCAUUGUCCGACCUGAUGAAGGAUAUUACCUAGGUGGCACUUUCGUCUUUACUUUUCAAGUAUCCCCCUCUUAUCCUCAUGAGCCUCCAAAGGUCAAGUGCAAGACAAAGGCAUCUCUUGAUUGUACCAGUCUUGGCCACUUGAAGGGCGAUUGCUUCUUUGACAGUACAAAAAGUGCUUUCAUUCGUCAAUGGGAUCAUAUCUGCCAUUUGGUACAAUACGCAUUUUGCUAUUGUAAAGUGUGCCUUACUCUGUAUUUUGCUGAGUGGAUCUGAACUGCCAUUUACAAUUACUUUGUGUACCUAAUUUAUGAUCAACAACAGUCAAAUGCAAUAUUCAGCUUAUCACAUCGAAGUGGGAUCACACACUGGCAUAUUUUAUUAUCAUCUUCUCCUGAUAACCCUCCAUUUUUACACAAGGAAUUGGACUAUUUGGUAGAGGCGGUAGUUAGAGAUCCACUAAUAUUGGACCAUUUAAUCAGUUGAUCUACAAAGUAUGUUAUAGUCAAAUUUGUCAAGAUCCAGUAAU